UCCCCGUUCGCUGAUUCCUUGUCCUGGUGCUAAGUACUCGAGUGUGCUAGCAGGAUCAACAACUGAUGUGAUCUCUCGGCGUGUUCGGAUGUCGUCGACCCAUCAGACCGCAAUGAUGGUCGCGUUUCGAGUGCUGCCCGCGAGAAUCGGGAGGUGCACCGCCCCUGGCGACCCAUGCUUCAACUGUCAGCCUCGCAUGCUGGACACACUCUCACGCCCGCACUUGCCAGCCCGCUGCCAGACGCCUGUAGUCGUACAUUACGCUGCGAGGUGGAUGAUUGUGUGCAUUUGGCGGGUAUGAAUCAGCUCACAUAUCCAGUUGCUGCCGCGCUGGUACUUACGGUUGCUAUGCGCCCUCCCACACCGGAUCAAGCGAGAUCACCCAGCCUCUUACGGACAAAUUAUCUCCCCCCUGCUAGCAGGCCGUGGACGGACAGGCCCCGGGCCUGGACGCAUGCAGAGACCUCCAGAGGCCUUGUCAAUGGAUGGCCCCUAAUGAGAGUUUCAGGCCCACGAGUGGCGGAAACGCAGCCGCUUCGAGUGAUUCAAGAUGGGCACGCUUCGCAUCGGGGGCCGGAUGCGUUUGUGCAAUUUGUUAUCGCAGCAUGAUCGGAAGCGCUUCGAUUCCGGGGAUUUUCGAAAUCACAAAUCUUGGUUGGGCCUGCCUGUGGCGUCGCAAGCUCAUAUCCAUGAUCGCCAUUUAUAUACCCUUCUAAUAGCCACUUGCGAGCCGCACCGCGUUUGUUUCCGGCCCACCCCAUAUGCCGCCCUCGCGACGCAACGUCUGGCCACCCACACCCCCGCCCCCGUCGUCCGAGCAGGAUCGUCUGGAACGCUUGGAAGCUGAGAAGGAGGCUAAACGGGUGCGUCGCAUUGUCGCGGCAGAGGCCGCGUCGCCCUCUCGGUAUCUCUGAUCUUAUUCGGCGCGCUCCAGGUGAGCAAUGCCAUCGACGAGCAGCUGGAGGUGGAGCGAGAACAGCGGCGUCGGCCGGCUAAUGCCACCGUCCUGCUCUUAGGACAGGCCGAGUCGGGCAAAUCUACGAUUCUGAAGAACAUCCAGCUGCACUUUGCUCCCAAGGCCUUCCAAGCGGAGGCCGAGGCCUGGCGCCCCGUCAUCCAGCUGAACCUCGUCCGCUCAGUCAACUUCAUUCUCGGCCUGUUAGCCAUCCGACAUCCGAGCACGUACAUGGGUGGCAACGCGCCUGCUGCAUCCGACGCGACUGCCUUCAGCGGACAACUCCGCCGGCUGUCCAUCAGCCUCGCGCCGCUCCGGCAGGUGGAGGAGACGCUCUCGAACCGCAUCGCCGGGGCCCGGCCACCCGAGGACACCAGCGGCAACCACGCAGACAACGAGCGGUACAAUCCUGCGAAAGCUUCCGAAAUUAUGCUUCGCUCGGGUAGCAAUUGGACCGCGUUUCUCCGGUUCCGCCGUGGCUCGAUGGCGGAUGCUGACCGCACCGAGAAGGCCGAAGCUGUCCAGAUUCGGCGGAUUCUGAGUGCCUGUGCCAAGGACAUUGUCGAAGUGUGGACGGCCGCAGAGAUCCAGCAGGGAUUGAGGGACCGCGAGAUCACGCUGCAGGAACAGUCGGGAUUCUUCCUGGACCAGGUCGAACGAAUAUGUCGCGAAGAUUACAUCCCAACUCCCAACGACAUUUUGCGCGCGCGCGUGCACACUGUGGGCCCGGAAGAGCAUAUUAUUUAUAUGGAGAAUGGUGCGUGAGCACAGAGUUUUAUUGAGACGUUACCUCCAACUUUCCAGGCGGGGAGAAUGUCAAAUCAUGGACCGUAUAUGAUGUCGGUGGUUCGAUCAGUCAACGAGCCGCAUGGGCGCAAUUCUUCGACGAUGUGCAUGCAAUCAUUUUCAUGGCUCCGAUGUCAGCCUUCAACGACACACUUGCCGAAAACCGGUCAGUCAACCGCCUGGCCGACUCGCUCAAGUUGUGGAGGACGAUCUGCAGCAACAAGCUGCUUGUCGCCGUUGAAUUCAUUCUGGUCCGUCAUGCUUCGCGGUUGCCGUCCCGGAACUGCCGACCGAUGAUGGCGAUUAGUUCUUGAACAAAGUCGACAUCUUGACCCGCAAAAUCGAGUCGGGCAUCCGGUUCUCGGACCAUGUCACGUCGUACAGGGACAAGCCCAAUGAGCCCAAGGAGAUCAUCAAAUGUUGGUUAAUGUGUCUGGCGGCAUUCCGAAGCUGACUGCAUUCCAGAUCUGUCGGACGCCUUUGCCACUAUCAAUCAAACGUACUCCCCCGGAAGCGCAAGAUCCAUCGACAUGUAACAUGUGCAGUGGUUCGUCUCGCCCAUCGAUCGUGACAGUGUUGUUUUGAUGCUCCGCACAGGACACAGAGGCUACUUCGAUCG